AUGGACGGCCAAGCGCCCAAUGGCGCAGCUGGCAUGGCUCAGAAUCCUGCUUCUACCAACGGCGGAAACCCCGACAUCAUCUCCCAGAUCCACCAAGCCCUCGAGGUCAUACACAGUCCCUACUCUUCCAACGAGUCCCGUCGGGACGCACAGCUUUUCCUCGAGAAUAUCAAGGGCAUAGACGAGGCCCCUUUCCACGGCUUCACCCUCGCCUCCAACAAGUCGCAGUCCCCGGUUGUGCGUCACUACGCCCUGUCUCUACUUGAACAUGCAAUCAAGCAGAAAUGGGCCGAAUACAACGAGCAGCAGUCUACUAUGCUACGCGAAUGGGUGCUGGAGCUUUGCCGCACCUUGACUAAGGAAGAUCCGCUAUACAUCAGGAACAAGGCAGCUCAGCUGUGGGUAGAAAUCGCCAAGAGAUGCUGGGGCUCCGAGUGGAUGGAUAUGGAUGAGCUCUUGGUACGGAUUUGGCAGAUACCCGAUUCUCCUGUCCACAAAGAGCUCGUUCUUUUUGUGCUUGAGACCUUGUCCGACGAGGUCUUCAACGGCGACGACGCUGUUGUUGCAAUGCGCGAAGGCAUUCUCAGCAGAAGCUGUGUCGAAGUCUUUACCCCGGCUUUUGUUCUGAGAGAGGCGUUCCCCAACAGAGCUGCAGGCCCCGAGGUGCGCUCUGGGGAAGAAGGUUGGCUAAGCAGGGUAUCAGAGUUCCUCAGUCAAUGCCUCGACGGUGACGCACCAAACAACGACCAAAUCCGCUCUUGCGCCGUGAAGUCCUUGACUGUGUUCUAUUCCCUCAUGCCAUGGGCAAUUCCAAAGUCUGUUGCCGUUGCAAACUGCGUUCCAGUCAUGUGCAGAGCUCUUGCAACCCCCGAGGCCUCGCUGGAAGCUUUGCACGCGCUGUACUCCCGUUCUAAUUUCUCGGAACAAGAGUUUAAGGACCUUGUCGCGCCCAUGUAUGAUGCGAGCUCAGUAGACCUCAUGAAGAGGCUCUUCGAAUGGUCCGCCGUGGAUGUGGAGGAUAUCGACGAAGACAAGUACCAAUUCGGCAAGAAAUUCUCAGAAAUGCUGUCUCUUCUUGGCAACUACCUCGACCGGCGGUUCUCUGCCAUACCCACAAACUCGGACGUCGGCGGUUUCCUCAACCUGCUAUUGCUUACCGUACAGAGCCAAAGUCUCAUCAUCGCGAUCCCAGUCUUGGCAACCUGGACACGCCUCCUCAACAACAGGCUGAUCGGACAGAGCCCAGCCAACAGCCAUCUUGUCGGGCCUCUUCUCGAAGUAUGCGGCUCUCGCUUGAUACGCUACGAGAACUUGCCCGAAGAUACCCAAGACCAGACCUUUUUGUUUCUUAUGGAGGAUACCGACACCGUCCCCGAGCGUCACGCGUUUCUUGGCAACUACAGAAGAUACAGCACGCAGGUCAUCGAGACGAUUGUCCAGCUCAAGCUAUCCGAUGCAGUUUAUCACGUUCUCGGUCAGGCGGAGCACGUUUUGCAGCAUCUGUAUGAUGGUAGCCCACAAAUGGCUGUCGCAACAUAUUUCAAACACUCUAUGCCUGUUCUGCGUGUCGAUGCGCAGUUCACAGUCAUCGAAGCCGCACUCAAAGGCUACAUGAAAUGGAGAGCAAGCAGCACUCAGCAGAGUUUACCAGACUAUGAGCAACAGCGUGCCGCAUUAGAGAGGGAUUUGGAGUCGUGGUGCACCAAACUUCUCGAAAUGAAGUUCGAGGAUCCUUUGAUUCGAAAGAGAGUUUUACAGCUGUUGGUCGCCUUCUCAACCACGGCACUUGACAAGAAUCCAGGCUUCAUGCUCAAGGUUCUUGAGCACAUCUUGAUGACCUGGCCAUCUCCCCAGCCGGAACACCGUGCUUUCAACGAAGCGAUCAAGGACUUCCAAUCCGAGAGCAUGGUGGAGUUGCAGAGGCUAGCCUCAAAGGUUCCUGACCACUUGCUCGCUGUUUAUGACCAGAUCGAGGCGAAGGUGAAUGACAUGAUCUCGUCCGGUACUUUGGACGAAAAACGCCAAAUCGCUUAUCAAAGCUUUCUUUUCAUCAUCAUUCACCGAGCAUCCAACAUCGAUCCCGCUAAACAGGUCGAUCGGCUGCAGGAAUUCAUCAAGCCUGUCACAUCCUCAUGGCAGAACCAAGAGCUGAAGAAUGCCUUGUCAUCAUAUUCUGGCUUUUGCGAAUUGAUGGCCUUGGACAAGGCGAAGAGGUAUCUGAUGAGUCACCGUGUCCACGAAGUUAAGGAAUGGGGUUCCUGCGAGCUGGAUGCGGAGGGUCUGGCUCUCCAGGCCGAACUAGAGGAAAGGCAAAAGAUGUUACCGCUUCGCCCUACCAAAUCCUUCCUUUCGUUUUCUGUUGAGAAGCUUGAAAAGACGUCAACGCCGUUCCAAACUUCAUACCAGCUGUGGAAUGCUAGCUUUCCGCUAAUCCUCCCGGACCUUUUGCAGUUCCUGAGUCAUGCCCAUGCCUCGCACAACCCGGAUAAUUGGACAGAAUUGCCCAACGAGAUGAGAUCUGUCGUUGGCAAUGUGCUCAGCGACCGCUUCUGGCAAGCAGGCAUUUCGGAGGGCAGCAAAGACGAGUUCUAUGCAAGAGUCAUGGAUAAGAAGAACACGCUUGAAGGUCUUGCCUCGACGAUUCGUGGGACCGUCAGGUUUGUUAGGGAGACCUGUUACGCCAUCAUCUAUUGCAUGAGUCGUUUAGAAAUGCAGUUCUACGGCUUCAGCGAGCUGCCCGGUCCGCUUGCGCAAGCGCUCUUCCGAGACUCAUUUCACCUCUCAGCACAUCAGCAAAUUAAUCUGCUCAACCUCGUCAGGUACCUCGUUGACGACUGUCCCCUCGAGCAACGAGAGCAUUUUCUACCUCCACUAUUAGCAGCCUGUUUCCAGCAAAUGGACGCCAAGAUCAAUGCCGAGUGGGAGAACUUGGAGCGUCAACAAGUGAUUCAGGCAGCUGCUGAUGCUCUGACAGAGGAAAUGAAGUCAGAGAGUAUCUUGCGCCAAGUCACUUACACCGCAGUCAUCAUGGUGGCAGACUUCCUGGACCCUACGAAAAGGAACCCUCCGCCAUUAAGAUCUCAGAGCGGUCAAGAGCAACCACGGAAAUAUCCCUCACUGAGGAAAUUCUGCCUGAUGCAGUCGACCGUCGUCGAGCCACUACUGCUCUUUUGCACGCACGCCAUCCGCAUGCGAGACACCCGUUGCUGCAGCAUAAUUUUGCGAGUCUUCCGUUCCAUCGUCCCAGACUUCACCGUGGCUGAGCCACUGUCGCCGAAAUCUUUACCCCAAGAUGGCGCUGAGACGGCACCGCCUAACAGGGACCCAUACCUCGAUACCACGCCAGUAUCUGCGGAGGCAGCUACGGCCAUCAGGGAAUACAUAGCCUCUGACGUGCUCCGGGCUUGCAUCACCUCUUUCCAUGAACCUUACUUUGUAGACCUCCAGAAGGACUUGGCAUCUCUUAUUGCUGCCACAGUGGUUUACUACAGCCCUGUCACAAGCACCCCACGCGACAUCCUCAUGUCCCUGCCCAACAUAAGGCAAGCAGACCUUGACAGACUGAACGACUUUGUAUCCAAGCCAGCCGCGCAUACACGGCAGCAGAGAGCACUUGUGCUUGACCUGCUCAAGGACCUCAAAGGAGUCAGUAUUGCCGAGAUGGGAAAGCUUCCCAAAAACAGCGGCUUCGGACGCAGCAAGAGGUCAAAUCGUAGCAAAAUGGCCCAGGAGUUCAUGACACCGGCCAACGAGUCGCGAACACGGGGCGGUGGGGUUGCUGAUGGGGGGCGGGCCACACCAGACGCUCUGGAGGGAGUGGCCGGUCUUUUCGAGGGCUGA